AGGUGACGACGUGAGGCGAAGACUGGGACUUGGCUAGAAUACGAGGGGAUGCUGCAGCCAGUAAGUGCGGCUCGUUUGUUGAGUGGGUUGAGUGGCCCUCCAACGGCGGGCUGAGACAGGUGACAAGGGGCCAAGUGAUAUCUGCGGCUCUGUCAGCUCCAGUUCGGCUGAGCACUGAAGGCUUCCUUUCACAUACCAUCGCGUCACUCAUUUUCACAGCCCGGAACAUCGUGGAUGAGCAGAGCUCAAGCUUAUAAGACCUCGCUGGAUCAGCUUUCCAUCUCAUCAUCCACAGCUCAACAGCUUUUCUCUUCAUCCUCGACUUCAAACGGCAUUCAAUCACAUUUGCCGCAACGAACUGAGUCGACAGCUCUACCAAUUACACAUCGGCAACCAUGUCAAUGCAUUCGUUGAGUCCCAGGUCAUCCUCGGAGAGCCUGCAUAGCACACACAGUAGCUCUUCCACGGCCUCCGCUCCCGACCAAUACACUCCAGCUCUUACCGGCCGCAUGGUGUGGGAAGGCGCCGAACUGCGCCCUGCCGAGUACAUCGUGAAGCUGUCUAGUUCCGAGGUCGAAAGCAUCCGGGCCGCUGUAGUUGGCUUCAAGCUCCAGGGGCUCCCACGUAGCGCGAUAUCCAAGAGCACGUUCUCGUUGCCAGCGGAUCUAGCGCGCAAGCUCGCGGCCGCCAGUAGGGAGAUCCAUGAAGGGCUCGGUGUGGUAGUGCUACGUGGCUUGGAUGCGGCCAGGCUCAAUGACGAGGAGGCUGUGAUCGCAUUCGCGGGUGUAUGCUCAUACGUUGCAGCACAGCGUGCGACAGACUCGUACGCCAAUCAGACUUUGAGUCACAUCCGUGAUGCGACCAAGGAGGCCGUUCCAGAGUGGGCGAAGGAUAUCGGACUUGCCGGUUCGAAGAUUACGGCCGCGAUGGACUUCCACAGCGAUCGAUUUUCGGGAGACAUCCUCGCUCUUCAUGUGAGGAACGAUGGUGGCGCAGGUUUGGGUGGUGGCCAGUAUUUUGCAAGCUUCUGGAGAAUCUAUAAUGAGCUGUUGCAGACUGAGCCUGAGGUCUUGGACACCAUGGCGGAGGCUGACUGGCCAUUCGAGCUGAAGCAGAAAGACCAAGCGCCAUACCUUGAACCUGGUCCAACCCUUUUCUUCUCGAGGGGCAGACCCAUAUGUCAGCUCGUUAAGGCACCGCUCCUCGGAAGUCCUCGUAUUCAGCGGCAUCCGAGCAUGCCGAAGGUGUCAGACAAGCAGAUGUAUGCCAUGCAUGUUGUCCAGACUCUAGCGACACGAUUCAGUACGAAGCUCGAUCGUAAGCAGGGCGACAUACAGUUCAUCAACAACUUGAGCAUCAUGCAUGCUCGCGAAGCGUACAAGGGAACCAAUGGGAAGGCGAGCACUCGCCACUUGCUGCGCAUGUUCCUUCGGGAUCCCGAGAAUUCCUGGGACAAGCCGGCCCGCUCCCGCAGCAACUUUGACGAUCCAUUCAUGCCCGGUAGGCCACAAGAGCUGCCCAUUAUUGAUAUGGACCCAUGGCGUGCUAUUAGUGGCCGUGAGAGCCACGGUUGAUUGCAUUUUCUGCGACAUGGGUGGUAAUUCUGACAGCAUGGGAGCACGCGUUCGUUUCGGGCAUUUACCACGUUUCAUGGGCAAGUAAGGAGUAUAGUUUGUGCACUUGGGAGGCAGUCCUGACUUUUAUCAUUCAAUCGCUCAUGGUCUCUGGCUGCAUAUACAGGUUAAUUACAUGAUACUUCAUCGUACAGGAGUCUGAUUCUUGACAUACUGAA